AAUAAAGAUGACUAAUCCCACAGUUUCUUCCUCUCCUCUUCCUCUCUUUUGGCAUUGUCCUUGUACACUGACAUGAACACACGAAUCUUCUCCUCUUGAUUCCCUUCACAAAGAAACCUUCCAGCUUCCCAGAGGAGAUGUUUUCGUUCAUGAGUUUAGUCUUCCUCUCUGGAUUCUUCCUAGGAAUCAUCGCCGUCUUGGGGGUUGAAGCUGCGGGUUUGAUGUAUCUUCUGAACCGGUUAAACCGGAAGAGAGAUCGUGUGGAGUCAAAACCCGGUUCUGAUCAAUCUACCAAGGAGAUCAGCAAUUCUCGCGAGUCUAACAAACAGGGAACAAUCUGGAUAUUGGAGUUGGAUGAAGGUCUUAAGAACUUUUUGAAAGAAAAGUUACCAAAAGAGCAAAAGAGGAAGAGAAAUUUCUUGGAGAUUCAUCCAAUUCGCAAAUUCGCUCGGAUCAAAGAUCACAAACUCAUCUUAUCUGAGUCUGAUGGUACUCUGACUACUGUGUCUUUAAAAUGUUGCUCUAUUGAGACUGUUUCAGGCUCUGAUCUCCCUACAAGAAAAUGGGCCAAAAGGUUUCCUAUAAAAGUUGAAAGCAAGAUUUCUUCAGACAUAUACAAGGGAAACAAGGUGUUUUACAUCUAUCUCGAGACGUCUUGGGAAAAAGAAUCAUGGUGUAAAGCUCUUCGUCUUGCUUCUUGCGAGAAUCCGGAAAGGUUUAUUUGGUACUCCACCAAGUUACAACAAGACUUCCGUAGUUACGUGACGUCUCUCAACGCUGCAUAUCCUUCGUUUAUGAAACCAUCUCUUGGGUUUAGUUUUGAGACACUUGACAAAGGGAACAGAAACGAUGUCUCUUCCUCAAGAGUUCGUUUGUUCUUGAGGAGAUUUUCAAGAAAGCGAUCAAACAGAACCUCUGUUCGUUCUUGCCAAGAUUCACAACAUGGAAGUAGCUCAGUGAGGAGCGUCCAAAAUGGUGUUGCAGAUGAAACUGAUGCGCCUGUGUUUUCGCGUUCUGUGAGCCAUACUAGUCAUUUCUCUGGGGUUUCAGAUGGAGACUCUGAAGAGAAGUUUGAUGUGGAUGAAGGAACAUUGGCUUGGAACUUGCUGAUUUCUAGGCUUUUCUUUGAUCUUAAACGGAAAACAGGAGUGAAGAAUUCAAUGCAAGCACGAAUCCAAAGGAUGUUAUCUAACAUGAGGACUCCAAGUUACAUAAGCGAACUAGUCUGCUCCGGUGUUGACACAGGAAAUCUGCCACCUCAUAUACAUGGUACUCGGGUUCUUCCUAUGGAGAUGAAUGGUGUGUGGGCUUUUGAACUAGAUAUUGAAUACUCUGGUGAAGCGGUUAUUGACGUUGAAACACGAGUUAACAUCCGUGAGGUGGAUCUUCAAAAAGGUAUAACCGAUACAAGGUUGCAGCCAAGUUCUGUUGGGGAAGUCUCGUCAAACGGUGUUGAAGAUUUUGACAAGCAAUUAGUCAUCCCUGUUGAUGCAGGGGAAGUGAAAAAUGAUGAGUCCAAUGGCUCAAAAGGGACGAAGGUAUCUCCAAAUGGUGUAUCAAGGUGGAAGUCUAUUCUUAAAAAUAUUGCUGAGCAAGUUUCCCAGGUGCCUAUCUCUUUGUCAAUACGGGUUUCUUCUCUUAGAGGGACACUGCGUGUACACAUGAAGCCGCCUCCUUCUGAUCAGUUAUGGUUUGGAUUCACUAGCAUGCCAGAUAUACAAUUCGAUCUGGCGUCUUCUGUUGGGGAACACAAAAUCACCAAUAGCCAUGUUGCUAUGUUCUUGAUCAACCGGUUUAAGACGGCAAUAAGAGAAGCAGUGGUUCUUCCAAACUGUGAAAGCCUAACGAUUCCUUGGAUGAUUGCUGAAAAAGAUGAUUGGGUUCAACGCAAAGCCGCUCCAUUCAUGUGGCUGAAUCAAGAAAGCGAUCACCAGACAACAGAGGGGAAAUCUAAAUCUGACAAGCCACCUACUUCAUCAUCUUCUUGUGUUCAGUCUGAGCAAAUGCAAAAAACUACAAACGCCACACAGAAGCCGAUUAUAUCUGAAACAGGUUCCUCCUGUUCUCAGUCUGAGCAAGUGCAUGAAGCUGCCAAUACAGAAGCAGAUGCUUUUACCCCGCCAUUGUCAAAUAACUCCAAACCUGUUCUAGUAGAGAGUGACAAAUCUCUGGAAGAACUGAAAACUCCAUUACUGCUAUCCAGCAGCAGCGAGAAGCAGGAGACAAACUCAAGAGGCAGGAAUGGAGAAGCUUCUACUUUUGUUCAGUCACCAUCUAGGUCGAUAGUUUCGAGCGAAGAUGAUGAUUCAAGGGGAAAGAAACUGGGAAGGAGAGCAAGGAUGUUGGGUCUUGGGAAGAAAAUGGGCGAGAAGUUGGAAGAGAAGAGGCGUCACAUGGAGGAAAAGAGUAGACAGAUUGUUGAAAAGAUGAGAGGACCUUCCUAA